CGGACGCACUCCUGCCAUGUAAAAAGCAAGAAGAUGAUAUUUCAUAAAAUGGACAUAUACUGAGUUUUUUCUUGUCAUUUUACUCGUUAAUCCUGUUAAAUAAGCUUUAUUUGUGCAGACAUCCAAACAUUCAGUCAUGUAUCGCUGCAUUACGAGUUUAGCACAGCAGCACUGGAAAUGUUCACUCCGUCAUAUGAGCUCAGCGCUAAAGAAGAGGAGAUCUUUGCAGAGUGCUUUCCCAGUGUUGGAGCUGCCACUGCAGCCCAUUCAUAAACACAUAUUUGAAGCUAACCUUCGUAACAGCAUCGCCUGCUGUAAGAAGUUAGCAGAGUUGAAUGAGAAGGUGAGGAAAGGUGGAGGUGAGAACAGCAUCGCCAGACACACCAAGAGAAACAGGAAAUUGCUAGUCAGGGACCGUCUCCGGCUUCUACUGGACGAUGAAGACUUUCUGGAGCUGUCACCAAUAGCUGGUAUGGGUCUGCCUUAUGGGGACAUCCCUGCUGCCGGCUGUCUGACAGGUAUAGGCAGAAUCUGUGGUCUAUGGUGUGUAUUUAUUGCCAACGAUGCAACAGUCAAAGGUGGCACAGCAUAUCCAAUCACAGUGAAGAAACAGCUAAGAGCCCAAGAAGUGGCGAUUCAAAACCGCCUGCCAUGCGUUUACCUGGUGGACUCUGGAGGAGCUUUCCUUCCACUGCAGUCAGAAAUUUUUCCGGAUAAGAACCAGGGAGGAAGAACUUUCUACAACGAAGCCAUCAUGUCUGCGAUGAAGAUUCCACAGGUGUCAGUGGUAUGUGGGUCAUGCACAGCGGGUGGAGCCUACAUCCCCACCAUGGCAGAAGAAGCAGUGAUGGUGCAUCAGAUAGGCACGAUAUUCCUGGGAGGACCGCCACUUGUCAAGGCCGCCACAGGAGAGGAGGUGUCUCCAGAAGACCUGGGAGGAGCCAGACUUCACGCCGAAGUGAGCGGCUGUGUGGAUCAUUUUGCCUGGGACGAGAAGGAAGCGUAUGAAUACACCAGAAACAUCAUUUCAACGCUUAAUUUUGAGCUUCCUGAAGAAGAUGUAGAGGAUGAGGAAACAACGAUGAGGAGGAGGAGGAGAAGAGCUGAAGAGGAGCCUCUGUACGGUUCGGAGGAGCUCUUGGGUCUGGCUCCACUAAGUUAUAAAUACACAGUGGAUGUUAAAAUGGUCAUCAGUCGACUGACAGACGGGAGUCGCCUUCAGGAGUUUAAAGCACGCUAUGGAACCACACUAAUCACUGGAUUUGCCAAGAUUCAUGGCCACCUGGUGGGAAUCGUAGCCAAUAAUGGAGAGCUGUUGUAUGAGGCUGCCUUAAAAGGAAGUCAUUUUGUCCAGUUGUGUGACCAGAGAGACAUCCCACUGCUCUUCCUCCAAAACACAGCUCCCACAGGAGCACUGACGCUCUCCAAGUCCCAGGCAGAGCAGAACAGUAACUGUCUAAAGGCUCGGGGGUCAAUGCUCUCUGCAGUAGCCUGUGCAACGGUCCCUAAGAUCACAGUGCUGAUUGGUGGAAGUCACGGUCCCGACAGCUACGCUAUGUGUGGACGAGCCUUUGAUCCAAAUUUCCUUUUCCUGUGGCCUAACGCCAGAGUGUCGAUGGUUGCUCCUGGUUAUUGUGGCUCCCUGCUGCCCCCUGAUACCGAGCAGGAGGAGCAGCAGCAGCAGGAGGACGACUUAAAUAAAAGGUUAAAAAAGGAGAGUUCAGCUUUCUUCUCCUCUGGAAGACUCUGGGAUGAUGGGGUCAUUCUGCCUCAGGACACCAGGAGGGUGGUCAGAGACUGUCUGGACAUCAUUAAACAGCAGAAAUAUCAACUGUCAACACAAAAGGAUCACUCAACCGUUCUUCGAAUGUAGAAGUGCCUGUUGCUCCAAAUUUGUACAGACAACCACCGAGUGUAACUGCUUCGAUUUAGAAUCAUGUCCAUCAUUUAUUACCUUAAAUAAAGGUUUGACAAAACUUUAAGAACACUCACUGGAGAUAUGUACAAGUGAUGGAGGUCAGAGUAAAUGUUUGAGACGUAACAGACGGGGAAAAAAAUGAAAAUCUACAGUCAGAAGUCUAGGUCAGGAUCUUUUAACAAGAAUAAUCUCUGAUUGUAAUUUCUGAAUUUGUAGAAAUCAAUCUCACUGAGAUUUAGAAGUCUGAUCAUGUCAUCAUCUUAUCGAAAUCUUCAAACAAAUGAAAUGAAAACUUGUCAGAGUUGACACAUUUGUCAUCAUUGUAUUACCAUUCAAGAAAUGUUCUGAAGAAAGCACUAACUGUACUAGUAUUUGUAAAAAUAAAUUAAAAAGGUAAAAUGUAAAUAUACUGCAAAUAAAAUGACUAAACUUC